GCGCGGCGGUGGCGGAGGUUUGUGUGGCGGCUGUCUGUCAGGCAGCGGUGUGAGGGGCCGGGGCUCGGCCCCCCCCCCCCGUUUGAGGGGGCUGCUGUAGGCUUGUGGGUGUGACUGUGCCCUGUUACCCUUCGGGGGCCUUUCUUCCUGGAGUUCUUGCCUUCAGCUGUCUCUCUGCUUGGGUUCGUGUCCGUGCCGGGGUAUCUCCAGCCCCGUGAGGUAGUCAGAGCAGUGCUCGGUCUCGCCUGGCCGCUGGAGUUCUGUGCGAAGGAAUUUGGGCGCGUUCAGAGGUUUUCAGGAAAAGAAGCUGUUCUGUGGCUUUGCAUUGGCACUAUAAAUAAAGCAAUCGAGCGAUCCGCAGGCUUCCCCGUGAUGACCGGCCCGGUGACACCCUAGCUGAACCGUGCUUGUGCUGCCCAGGGAUUCCAGUGUGGUGCUGCUGCUGGUGAUCCUGGAAGACCCUCCUUGCAGAACCUCAUGCAUCCCCCUUCCCUGCUCUGGGGCCUGACUCCUGCAUCCCAGGAUCCUUCCCUGGUUGCUGGGAAUGAGGGGGUCUCCUGCCUGUCAGCUCUCGGCCUCGCUUGCUGCAGGUGUGUAUCUCUGGUGGAGAGAGCUGGUAACAGGCAGUAAAAGUGCAGGCAGGUGGGCUGCUUGAGGUCAAAAUGCUCCUUCCCAGCAAAUUUUGGGGAGGCAGAUGCAGAAAACUCUGCUGGGGUGAUUUUUGGGGCUGCAGGAGAGGCUUCACACCAGCAAUUGGCAGCUGAGCAGCGCUCUGCCUGCUAUGGCCGGCUGGUUUAGGCGACUCCUGCACAAGCCCAAACCCAGGUCAUCGGAGAGCACCCUCAACACCAUCUGUUCUGCUUCAUCCUCACCUUCCUCAUCCUCUGCUGAGAGCUCUGACUCCUCUCCUGGCACGAGCCUGGCCAGAUCCAUCCGCCCGUCGCCUGUUUCGGUGUUGGACAUCAACGCCUCGGGCAGCGCCCGGUGGGCCAAGAGCUACGACGUCUGCAUCUGCCACAGCGAGGUGGACCUGGAGCUGGUGGAGGAGCUGGUGUCCUACCUGGAAAGCCAACCCGAAAGCUUCCGUUGCUUCCUCCAGCUACGGGAUGCCACGCCGGGAAGCGCGGUGAUGACGGAACUGUGUGAUGCUCUGCAAAACAGUCACUGCUGGGUGAUGCUCAUCACUCCCGGCUUCCUCCAGGAUCCUUGGUGCAAGUACCAGAUGCACCAGGCGUUGGCUGAAGCUCCGAUGGCCAACGGGCGCACCAUCCCGGUGUUGAAGGACGUGGAUCGGAAGGAUUAUCCCAGGGAGCUGCGAAACCUUUACUACAUCUACAUGGCGCUGAAGGAGAACAGCUUCAGGCAGAUCAGAGACACUGUCGUGCGCUAUGAAUUGGUUGCUAAUGGAGCUUGUCCGCUGCCUCUGCAGACCUCCAGGAGCUGUGCCGGAGCUCCAUGAGCAGGACGGAGUAGCACUGGGAGCGGGCGGACGCGUCCCUGCUGGCAUUUUGGAGCUGCCGCCGGAUCUGGAUGUGGCCGUGUCCUCAUGGACCUCGGAGGUGAAGCUGAGCUGCUCGGAUCCGACCUGGGACACCCGUGGGGGACAUCUCCCGUGGGUCCCCGCUGCUCAUCGUGCAAACACUAAGCUCCCAGCUUUGGGGGGUCCGGGGGUCUUCAAAGCUUCUUACGACGGUGUCCCCCCAGAUCCCCAUAAACUGACAUGGCGCCGGGCUGCUGGCAGGAAGAGGGGUGCCACGUGCCGGUGGUGUCUUUACACGGGUUUGUUGGGACACUGAAAAUGCAGAAAUGUGAAAUUUG